CGCUUGCUGUUGCGCCUCGGCUUCUUACCAUCCCAUCUUAUCCGGUUCAUCCUCACCGUGAAUCAGCGCUUUCCACGUGUUGAUACCGGAGAAUCUCCGAAACGGCGUCGUAAAGCUCUGGCUGGACGGAUCCAGCUCUAACCCUCUCCCUCUCUCCCUCGCCCUCGCCCUCGCCUGCUGGAAACGUAAUCCAGAGAGAGAGAAGCAUGAGCUUCUUCCGACGAGUGAAUGCGAGCGUUCCUCAAGCGUUUGGUUUUGCAAGAAGGCCAUUCAAUUCGCUGAAAAUCGCCGUCGACUCCCUCGAUUCCUCCGCCCCCCCUUCUCUCAUCCACGGGAUUCACCAAUUCCAUUGUCCAGAUGUGGUCGGCAUUGUCGCGAAGCUAUCGGAAUGUAUCGCUUCGAGAGGGGGAAACAUCCUGAACGCCGACAUCUUUGUUCCUCAAAAUAAGCAAGUCUUCUAUUCCAGAAGCGAAUUUGUAUUUGAUCCUGCUAAAUGGCCACGGGUAAAGAUGGAAGAAGACUUCCUGCAGUUGUCAAAGAUGUUCAACGCAAUAACAUCUGUUGUUCGUGUGCCUGCUUUGGAUCCCAAAUACAAGAUUGCAGUUCUCGCUUCAAAACAGGACCAUUGUCUGGUUGAUUUGUUGCAUGAAUGGCAGGAUGGACUACUUCCGGUGGAUAUAACUUGCAUAAUAAGCAACCAUAAUAGAGGUCCAAACACCCAUGUGAUUCGUUUUCUUGAAAGGCAUGGAAUCCCUUAUCAUCAUUUACACGCAACUAAUGGGAAUAAGAGAGAGCUAGAAAUCUUGGAACUGGUUCAAAAUACUGACUUUCUAGUACUUGCUAGAUACAUGCAGGUACUAUCUGGAGAUUUUUUGCAUAGUUAUGGAAAGGAUAUAAUUAACAUUCACCAUGGUCUUUUGCCAUCAUUCAAGGGCGGGAAUCCUUCUAAACAGGCCUUUGAUGCCGGAGUGAAAUUAAUUGGUGCAACUAGUCACUUCGUCACAGAAGAACUUGAUGCAGGGCCUAUUAUUGAACAAAUGGUUGAGAGAGUUUCACAUAGAGAUAAUUUGCGAAGCUUCAUACAAAAAUCACACAACCUUGAGAAACAGUGCCUUACGAAGGCAAUAAAAUCGUACUGUGAAUUGCGGGUGCUGCCUUACGAGGAAAACAAGACUGUUGUAUUCUGAGGGCCACUAGCUGAGAAAAUGCAGUUGAAAGAAAUUGGAUGGCACCUCGAAGGGAAUAAUCACGGCGUCAUGCACUAAGUAUUUUCUAUUUUCUGAAUGAAAUAGAUGAAUGAUGAGCAAAAUAAAGCAGUAAAAGAGAGAGAGUGACCUUUUCGUGUGUGGUGCAACAAAUCACCAGAACAGGGAGGAUGAGGAUCCUGCACCUCCAUUUCACCAUUAAAAGAAGCAGCCCUCUGAGCUUCUGUUGUUGCACCUUUGUCACAUGGACUUAUGGAGGAGGCAUUCUUCUUUCCUUCUCUGGAAAAUCUGGCUUUCAGAGCUGCUUCUCCUCGCAAAGCUUAUUCAAGAGGAGGAGGAAUUUUGACACCAUCAGUGGGCGACUGGCCAAAAGAACAUGUAUAAUGCAGUACAGAAGGGUAGCUAUAUUUACUUGAGCUGCAAAGAUCUUGUUGACUGCCUGUCUGUAUCUUUGAACUAGUCGUUAAAAGCAGUCAAGAAGAGUGAGUGGGGGGGGGUUAUCAGAGUUUAGUUCUGCUUUCUAUAAAUUAGUUCUGAUUCGUAUGUGUAUUUUAAUAAUAUGAGCCUAAAUCAGAGAAACGAAUGUCUAAUCUAAUAAAAAUAAAUAAACAAAGAUUAUAAGAAAUAAGAUAGUGAUUAUUGAAGAAGAUAAAAUAAUUUCUGAUUGAAUCAAUCAAUCAGAUCAGAUGCAGGAAGAUGAAGACGGGAAAGAACUGAUCGAAUCAGAAGAAUACCUGUUGCAGCCGCCGCCGUGAAAGUCACUAUCUCACUAGGGCUCCGAAUAUCAACCGCCGAUCUCACAACAACAGCCACACGAUCAUGAUCAACCCCCGCCGAUUCAGCCUUCUCGAUGCAAUGAGAUGCGAGGAGCUCCGUCGCCGACGCCAUAGCCGCCCCCAAUUUCGACCCCGAGCCUUUCGAGUUCUCCGCCGCAGUCACAGCAGCCAACGCCGCCGCUAGUCCCGCGACGGAGAGGGCGGCGUGCAUCCGCGCAUUUUCCGCUCGCGCUUUGUCUUUCUUCUUCGGCGCGCCAUUUUUGAAUUCCUUGUUCUGGAACCAGCGGCCGAUCGACCUCGUUCUCCGAGAGCUGAACGAUCCCGUGAUCUUCCCGGACUGCAACAAAGCACGGACAAAUCAGAGAAGGUAACAAGCAACCUUCUGAAAUUAUCUCUUCUUGACAUUUCUUAUUCUGAAUCAUAAUUGUUGCUAGAAAAACACCAAACAGCAGAGAAAUUAAAUUCACUUGGUUAUAGAAGUCGUAUUUCUAUCA